AUGCAGGGGCGGACUCGCGGGAGGUGCGCGCGGCCGGUGGACUCGAGCAAGGAGCGGCAAGCCUCUGCCUCCGCCUUUGCCGCCAAGAAGCAGGGCCGCCGCCGCCGCCGCCGCCGCCUCUUUUCCUCUCCUCUCUCCGUGAAGCUGCAGCGGCCCGCACCUGUGGUAAAAGCCCUCGAGCGGGAGGAACUAAGGGACAUUGCAGCAAAAGAAGCAGUAAAGGGCAACCAUUUCUUCCUGGAAGCAGAUAUAAAAGGACCUGGUCUAAAACUUGACAAUACUGGCAAAGCUAUUCUUACUAGGUACCUGGACGAGCGUGAUGUUUCAUAG